AUGGUCUCUUGGAUAUCGUCGAUACUCUUGCUAGGCCUCGCAAAGGCGGCAGAAUCAAACGUUAAUGCGACAUGGGAAGCCUGCGAUACCCUCAACACAAACCUACCCGGCACCGUCUACUUCCCCGGGUCGAGCGGCUAUACCAACUCUCUAGCUUCCUAUUUCAGCAAAGAAGAGCAAGAACUCGAGCCAUCAUGUGUGAUUCAACCGACCAGCUCCAUCGAAGUAUCAACGGUGAUUAAAACGAUGCGCAUGUAUCUCGAUCAUGGCGUCCAGUUUGCCGUGCGUGGUGGGGGACAUACGCCAUACGCGGGCGCAGCCAACAUCGAGAAAGGCGUGACCCUAGACUUAAGUCUCAUGAACGAGGUCAAGCUCAGCGAAGAUCACAAAAUAGUCGAUCUUGGACCAGGGGGGAGAUGGAAAAAAGUCUGGGAGACGCUGGAUCCUUACAAUUUGACUGUCACGGGAGGAAGAGACUCGGACGUUGGCGUUGGCGGGUUCCUCCUUGGGGGUGGACUGAGCUACCUUGGCCCGAUUCUGGGGUGGGGAUGUGACAAUAUUGUUGAAUAUGAGAUUGUUCUGGCCAGUGGCAAGAUUGUCACUGUGAAUAAAAGCUCCUAUUCUGAUCUGUUUCUGGCACUGAAAGGCGGCGGGAAUAAUUUCGGUGUUGUUACCAGGCCGUAUGAUCCUCAUGCAGCGAUGACUCAGAGUUACGGCUGGUCAUCCGGGAUUGGGGGCUCGAUUAGCAAUGAUUUGGCGUAUACCAAGCCAGUGCCGUAUCCUACGACUUUUGAGGGACUUGCAAACAAUGUUACUUCUUUGUCUAAUGCCCUGCGCAUCGAUACUAUGGGGUCAUUCGCUGCAGAGACCGAUAGCUACCAGUCAUACAACAAACGACAAAUCUGGUACACCACAACCUUCGCUCACACCCCAGAGAUCUACUCGACCAUCUAUAAAAUCUACAACGAAUCUGUUGCCGAAAUCAGCAAUUUUACCGAGAUGAACUGGUACUUGACUCUCCAACCAACUCCAGCCCUCAAUCAUGUGAAUAGCCUUGGUCUGGAUACAGGAGAAGAGAGACUCGGCCUCGCCCUCAUAACAGCAUUCUACAACGACAUCUCUUCCGACCAGCUAGUCGAUCGCGCAGCAAAGAAACUCAUUGCGAAUAUCGAGGCGGCAGCUAAGAAAGCAGGGGUAUACCGUUAUUAUAAAUAUUAUAACUAUGCGGGAGUUGGACAGGCUGUGAUUGAUGGGUACGGAUAUGAGAGUAAAAGCAAUCUCAAGGCUGUGAGCAAGAAGUAUGACUCGAAAGGUCUAUUUCAGAAAGGUCUCCCUGGCGGAUUCAAGCUUUGA